AUGGUCAAGCAACACCUCAGGUCCGUUCUGGAUCUUAUCCAGCACUGGGUGGUAGAGCAACCCGGCCAUGAAGCUAUCUGUAUAGGGUCCCGGACGGUGUCCUACAGCCAGCUCGACGACGCAUCCACCCGCAUUGCAUGUCUGCUGCUGCAAAGAGAUGUGCGAGCGGGAGAGUUUGUCCCCGUCCUAGCUACGCGCAGCAUCGAGAUGGUUGCAUGUUUCAUAGGCGUGCUAAAAGCGGGUGCCUGUUACGUGCCCAUCGACAUCGAAUCAUGGAGCGAACAGCGCAUAGCGUGGACCAUUGACACAGUGUCUGCGCACGUCAUGCUCAACUUGGGUAACGCUGCAUACCCAGGUCAUGACGUUAUCUCGUUUUCCGAAGUCAAAGCUGCAUGCGAACCGGGAUCGGAGAGCCCAGAAGGCUUGCACGAGGUUAGCCAUCGAACAUCAGAGAUCCGGCCACACGAUCUCGCCUACAUGAUCUUUACUUCCGGGACCACUUCGACACCCAAAGGCGUCAUGAUCUCCCAUUCUUCACUCCUGCACUACGCACAACAGGGAAACGACGAGACUCCCUACAACUGCAACGCCAGUCCAGACGACGCUAUUCUGCUCAUGUUCUCACCCGGAUUUGACGCUUGCGUGGGCGUCGUAUUCUCGGCAUUAUGCGGCGGCGCCAAGAUGAUCAUAUCUGCUGCAGACGACCUGCUGGAGUGCGCGUCUCGAUCGACGAUCCUGGUCGCUACGCCGUCAGUUCUGGCCGCCCUUGGAGACCCCGAACUGACCUGUCCCAAUGUCAAGACGGUCAUCCUUGGCGGAGAGGCACCGCCCCCUGCGGUAGUGGAAAAAUGGUGGACUCCAGAUCGGAACAUCUUCAACGGCUAUGGCCUUACCGAGACUACUAUCAUGUCCACAAUCGGUCGCGUUGUGCCAGGGAAGCCGAUCACACUUGGUCAGCCUAUGGCCAACACGAGAGUGCUUCUUCUCGACGGAGAAGUCGAGUCGGAUAGUUACGGAGAAUUGUGCAUCACUGGGCCCGGCCUUGCUGUGGGAUACUACAAAAACGAGGUUCUCACGACGGAGAGGUUCAUCACGUGGCAGGGAGAGAGGGUCUACAGAACUGGCGACUUUGCACGGAAAACCAGCGACGGACUCGAGUUUUCUGGUCGCGCAGACAGUCUGGUGAAAAGCCGUGGUUUCUUAGUCAACCUCGAAACACAGGUCAUCCCGAUGCUUCUUGCCGGAGGCGCGUCCACUGCCACGGCCUUCAUGUUCCAGAAACAACUGGUCGCCUUCGUCACGCCAAAGACGUUGGAUGCUCUUGCGCUCCGCCAGCAGCUGUCUGGACAAUUUGAUGAGUUCAUGGUGCCUGACCAGAUCAGAGCCAUCGAGUCUCUCCCACUUACGCCAAACGGUAAGGCCGAUCAUCGUUCGCUACAGCGGACACUUGAGCUGGAAGGAAAGUAUGCGGGCCAGACACAAAAUGGUGACGCAGAAGACGACUCGAACCCCGACGGACAGUCACGAAUGGAUGUGCUCAAAGCAGCGGUGGCCGCGGCAACAUCUCUACCGUUUUCCAGCAUUACAGAAGAUCGGUCUUUCUGGGAAUUGGGAGGGAAUUCCCUAGCAGCGGUGAAAGUGGUGUCUUACCUCAAGAAGAGACAUCUCACCAUUGGGGUUAAGGCCCUCUUCGGACUACCGAACAUCACUGCCGUGUGCGCCGCCCUGCAAGACGAAUCCCAGGCCGAUACCCAGACAUUUCAGCAAAACUCACCUUCUUCAGGGCCCAUGUCAAGUCUGCAGGUCAAGAUGGUUCAAGGAAGCUUGAAACAGCCCGGAUUGAAUUAUAUGCUUUUCCACAUUCGCAUACCACUACAUGCUGGGACGCAGCCCGAUGUGGCCAGGCUUCGCGGUGCGUGGCACCAAGUAUUGCAACGGCACGCUGUAUUUCACACCAGAUUAUCGCUCAAGGAUGAGACGCAGGAGGUUAGUCCGCAAUUCGAGCUGGACUGGCGCGAGGAGGAGACUACAGAACAUGAUCUUGAAUCGACCCUUCGUGAUCACUCUCACGAGAUACUCGAAAGAAUCGUGGCAACCGACGACUUCUCGGAAGCAUUCCAGCCGGUCAAUGCUCUACGGCUGGUUACUGUGCCUGGGUAUAGCUCAAAUCUCCUCAUCUCAGUACAUCAUGCUCAAGUCGACGGCUGGUCACUGAGCAUCAUUUUGAACGAGGUACAGGCCGCUCUCACCAGCGACGGUACCCUAUCUCCGCCACCCUCUCAGUUUUUGAGUGUUUCACGAGAACAGAAGAGGGAAGAAAUGAAUCCCCUAGGUGUGUCCUUCUGGAAGGAAAGACUGGAGCUGGUUGGUUCAGCAUUUCCCAGGCUUGAGCUUCCCGGUCCAGCAGAAAUCAAACUUCAAGGCCGACCAGGCUGGCUGCACAAUCUUAGUGUGCCACUCGAGCUCGACAAAAUCAGUCUGGAGAAUGCAGGCAGGCGCUUUCGGGUUGUACCAUCUGCAUUGAUCUACGCAGCGUGGGGCCUGAUCUUGUCCAACUACACUUCAUCUGAUCGGGUCUCAUUUGGAGCCGUACUGUCUGGCCGCAACCUCAAGGCAGCCGCCGUGCCAGAUGUGGAGAGAGUGGUAGGCCCACUGCUGAACACAGUGCCCUUCCCUAUCCAGGCGGCUGGCGAGAAACAGACAAUAGCAGAUUGGUUGGAGACAAUCCACAGCGACAUACUGGACACGUUGGAGUACCAGUGGUCAGCGAAUGAGGCCAUGGCCGGGCUGAACGGCGAAAUCAUCAGCAGCACAAUGCAGACCAUCGUAGUGACUGAAUACGACGUGCCGCCAAUGCAGGGGUCGUGGACGAUCGUCCAGCAGGACCUCAUGCUGGAAUUUGGUUUGUCGUUAUUGGUGGAGAAGGAUCAAGACGACCAACUCCAAGCGACAUUGCUGUUCGAUGGCAAUCGCUUUGCGCCAGCGGUUAUACGUCGACUCGGUCUGCAUUUCAGAAACGCCCUAAGGGAGUUAAUGGAGCCGUUAAACACAUAUGUCCAGGAUGUGCGUGCAAAGCUGCUUGGGCAAGACGAGAAAAAUCUUCUCAUCAGAGCUCCAGCAGCCACGGAGACAUACAACGGGCCCAAAACCUUGAAGCAAGCGCUUGAUUCCGCCGCCGCAAAAUGGCCGGACCAGUGCGCACUCGAAUCGCAAGAGCAUGGGACAAUGACGUACCGGGAGUUGGACGAGGCGACCAACAAGCUUGCCAGGGUACUCAGGGCCCGCCUGAAGGGGAAGUCUAAAGAAGAUUCUGUGGUGUGUGUCUUAACCGAUCGGUCUUUGCACUGGAUCAUUGGUGUCGUGGCCAUCAUAAAGGCCGGGGGUAUUUGCUGCCCACUCGACGUCACGCUCCCUGCGAAGAGGAUUGAAAAGAUUGUUGAAACGAGCGGCGCGUCGGUAUUCUUGUCUGCCAACCAACAAUGCCGACAGGCUAUCGACUUCAUGCAGACUUCUAAGGGAGGCCAAGAUGACGGGGUUAUUAUCAUUGAUAAAUUUCUGGAGUCAUCUGCGGAUCUGGAUGGCAGUGCACUGGAGACCAUCACGAGAACUGAGGACAUCAUCUACCUCGUUUUCACCUCUGGGACCAGUGGCAUUCCUAAAGGUUUUGAUAUAGCGGUCGUCGAAAUGUUCGGCACCCUCUGCCAUGGAGCGACCCUUGUGCUGAAGGACAGCUCGGACCCGUUCUCACACCUGAACCGCGUCCAUGCCACUAAUCUCACUCCGUCUGUCUUGGGAGCUCUUCUACCUGAGUCCUAUAGGAAUCUGGAUAUGAUAGCGUUGGCGGGAGAACCUGUGCCCCAAACCAUGGUUGAUGCCUGGGGUGUUGGGCGGGAUCUGAGAAAUGUUUACGGCCCAAGUGAGUGUGGACCGGUGUCAACGACAACUCCUCUCCAUGCCGGCACAGACGUCACCAUUGGUCCUGGUCUUCCACGACUCAGUGUCUACGUGCUUGAUCACCACCGUUGUCCUGUGCCUCAAGGAAUCACUGGAGAAAUCUACAUUUCUGGGGAGCAACUCACCCGAGGAUACUGGAAGGACAGCGCGCGCAGCCGAGAUCGCUACAUCAAAAACCCUUUCUCCUCGUCCCCUGGAAUGGAAAUCAUGUACCGCACUGGCGACCUGGGCGCCUGGAACCAGGACAUGACGCUCUCUUAUCGAGGCCGCAUCGACCACCAGGUCAAGGUGCGCGGGUUCCGCGUCGAGCUCGAGGAGAUCGAACACGCCAUACUCGCCGCCGACCUGAGCCCCCGCGCCGAAAAUGCAGUUGCGGUUGGCGUGGACAGCCCGCAGGAAGCAGGCCAAGACAACAAACGGAUCGCGGCCUUUGUGACACCUGAGGGUGUCGACACGGCGGCCCUGCGAACCCAAAUUGCUACCAUGCUGCCGACCUAUAUGCGCCCAUCACAAGUUAUAAAAUUGCAAGCGCUUCCAAGGUCAGGAAAUGGCAAAAUUGAUCGGGAGGCUCUUCGAUCGCUAGCAGUGACAUCAUGGGCUGAACACGGUGUGGAGAGCAAUAGCUCAGGUGGCGAGACCCCCGAUGAUCAAGAGGAUCUGACGACAACAGAGUACCUGGUCAGGACUGUAUGGAUCAAAAUCCUGGGUCUGGACGAGAAUACUCUAAUUCGGAGAGAUGAAGACUUCUUCUGCAUUGGUGGCAAUUCGAUCCUGGCCAUCAAAGCCGCCAGGAUGAUAGCAUCUUCUGUUGGUCACGACGUCCCUCUGGCUCUACUGGUUCGCAACACGGUUCUCAGAGGACUUUCUGAGGCUAUCGACCAACGAAUUGCCCAGUCGACCACAGCAUCGCGCAGUACCUUCUCCGAAUUUUGCACAUCAACUACCAGUCACCCCUCAACUCACCAUCCUUCAACUAUCCAUCCCUUGUCCUACCUGGAGGACGAAUUGUUUCACUGGCACCACACAUCGAAUCUCAAAUCGGCGUUCAAUACCGUUUUCCAAUUUGUCAUUCACGGUGUGGUAGACCAAGGAGCUCUCAUUAAGGCUUUCAGCGCACUCGUACGCGAAAAUCCCAUCUUGCGGUCCCGCUAUGUCUUUGCAGAUGGACGUCCCUGCCGUCUCCUGAGCGACAGGGAAUUCGUGCCAGAAUGCUACAGGCUUCACGAGUGGUCUGUUGAGAAAACGAAUGCACUGGCCGAUGAGCCAUUUGACUUGGCCAACGACCAUUUGCUACGCGUCGUCAUAUGGAAUCGGAAGUGUGAUUCUGGGGAGACCGAGGUGAUUCUGGUCACUCAUCAUAUUGUGACAGACAAGGCAUCGAUAGGUCUCAUGGCUCAGUGGGUCAGCAGCCGAUACCGUCAGAUUACGCAACAUGAAGCGUCAACAGAUGAGAGUCUUGGAGUUCGAAACAACAUGCACUCCAAAUCGUACUUGGAUUGGGUCCAGUGGCUCCAGAGCGACCAGAACAACCCACUAACGAAGAUGAGGCAACAGCAGAAGCUGGCAUUUUGGAAAAAGACCCUCCGAGGCAUGAAGCACAUGCCCCUCAGGCCUCAGGUCAAUGUCACUUCACACAAGGAGGCCCGCAAUACUGGAACCACACUGCACAUCGAGAUCCCUCCGCCCGGCAACACAGCUGCAACAACCUAUUCCCAACGUCUCGCUGUGUCCGCCGUGGCACUCGCCCUCGGCGCCGUUCUCGACACAUCGGACAUCGUCCUGGCGCUGCCGUACAUGAACCGCGAGGACCCCGCAACCGCAGACAUGCUAGGCGUGUUCGUGGACCGUCUCCCGCUGCGCGUCUCCAUCGCGGGCGAGACACUCGCAAGCGCCGAGGCGCUCCUGGACUCGGCCGCGGCGGCCACGCACGCGGCGAUCGAGAACCAGAUGCCGUACAAGGAGAUCCAGGCGUCUGUGGCGAGCCAGGGCGGCUCGGUUUCCGCGGAGGGAGACUCCUUGGACGUUCUGGUCAUCUACAAUUGGCAGACGGACGCGUUGGACCGGACUGUUGCCAUGGGCCCGGGGCUGGAGGUCGUUGGCGUGGAUCCGGCCAUGGCUGCCAGGCCCCGGGGGGCAAUGGUUCCUUUGCUGUUUAACUUUUGUGAGCUCGACGACGGCGCCCUUGUCGUCGAGCUGGAGGUAAAUACUGACGUGGUCCCGGCCCAUGUAGUCGACGCACUCUCGGGGUUCUUGCCAGGAGCAGUGCAGGGGCUAGCUUGCCAUGUCAAGCCUGAGGAUAUUCUGCGAACUUGUCACCAAGUAGGGUUUAAAUCUGGUGCAUAG